AACGUGGUCCAAAACCAUUCCUGGCAAGGUUGAAUUCUUCUCCAGCGAGGGUUCGGACACCUCUAUUCCCAUCCCCAUCGUGCCGCUUCCAGGUGUAGAUGACUCUUACCCACCCCAGAAGAAAUCUUUCAUGAUGCUGAAAUACAUGCAUGACCACUACUUGGACAAAUACGAAUGGUUUAUGAGAGCUGAUGACGACGUUUACAUCAAAGGGGACAAACUGGAGAACUUCCUCAGGAGUUUGAACAGCAGCGAGCCCCUCUUCCUUGGGCAGACUGGCCUUGGCACCACGGAGGAGAUGGGGAAGCUGGCAUUGGAACCAGGCGAGAACUUCUGCAUGGGGGGACCAGGAGUCAUCAUGAGCCGGGAAGUCCUGCGGAGAAUGGUGCCCCACAUUGGCGAGUGCCUGCGAGAGAUGUACACCACCCACGAGGACGUGGAGGUGGGAAGAUGCGUACGGAGGUUCGCAGGAGUGCAGUGUGUAUGGUCCUACGAGAUGCAGCAGCUGUUUUAUGAAAAUUACGAGCAGAACAAAAAAGGUUAUAUCCGCGACCUGAGGAACAGCAAAAUCCACCGAGCUAUAACGCUGCACCCCAAUAAGAACCCCCCGUACCAGUACAGGCUUCACAGCUACAUGUUGAGCCGCAAGAUAGCGGAGCUGCGCCACCGGACCGUACAGCUGCACCGGGAGAUCGUCCUGAUGAGCAAAUACAGCAACACAGAAAUCCACAAAGAUGACCUGCAGCUGGGGAUGCCACCCUCCUUCAUGCGAUUCCAGCCCCGCCACCGGGAAGAAAUCUUGGAGUGGGAAUUUCUUACAGGAAAAUAUUUGUAUUCGGGUGCGGACGGGCAGCCCCCGCGGAGAGGAAUGGACUCUUCUCAGGGCGAAGCGUUGGAUGACAUUGUUAUGCAGGUCAUGGAAAUGAUCAACGCCAACGCGAAGACCCGAGGGAGGAUCAUCGAUUUCAAGGAAAUACAGUACGGCUAUCGCAGGGUAAAUCCCAUGUACGGAGCAGAGUACGUUCUUGACUUGUUGCUUCUGUACAAAAAGCAUAAAGGGAAGAAGAUGACCGUCCCCGUCAGGAGGCACGCGUACUUGCAGCAGACGUUCAGCAAGAUCCAGUUUAUGGAGCACGAAGAGGUGGACGCCAAAGAGCUGGCCAGCAAAAUCAACCAGGAUUCUGGAUCCUUGUCUUUCCUCUCCAACUCACUGAAGAUGUUUGUUCCCUUCCAGCUCAGCCGAUCAAAAGUAGAGAGGAAGGAACUCAAAGACAAGAAGAUCAACAUCCUGAUUCCUCUCUCCGGCCGUUUCGACAUGUUCGCAAGGUUCAUGGGGAAUUUCGAAAAGACUUGCCUCAUUCCAAACCAGAACGUCAAGCUGGUUGUCCUGCUUUUCAACUCCAAUCCCGACAAAGUGAAGCAGAUUGAGCUGAUGAGAGAUUACCGCUCCAAAUACCCCAAGGCCGACAUGCAGGUUUUACCCGUGUCGGGGGAGUUCUCCAGGGCGCUGGCUCUGGAAGUUGGAUCUUCUCAGUUCCAGAACGAAUCUUUACUUUUCUUCUGUGAUGUUGACUUAGUGUUUACCACAGAAUUCCUCCAGCGGUGUCGAGCCAAUACAGUUUUGGGUCAACAAGUCUAUUUUCCCAUCAUUUUUAGCCAGUAUGAUCCAAAGAUUGUUUAUAGUCGAAAAGUUCCUAGUGACAAUCAUUUUGCCUUCACCCAGAAAACAGGUUUCUGGAGGAACUAUGGCUUCGGCAUCACCUGUAUUUACAAAAGUGAUCUUCUCCGAGCAGGUGGCUUUGACGUCUCCAUCCAAGGUUGGGGCCUUGAAGACGUAGACCUGUUUAACAAAGUCAUUCAAGCUGGCUUAAAAACUUUCCGAAGCCAAGAAAUUGGAGUAGUCCAUGUGCAUCACCCUGUUUUUUGUGACCCUAAUCUAGAUCCAAAACAAUAUAAAAUGUGCUUGGGGUCCAAAGCUUCCACUUAUGGGUCCACACAACAGCUGGCUGAAAUAUGGUUUGAAAAAAACGACCCCAAUUUUGGGAAAAGCAGCAAUACGAACGGCUCAGUGAGGACAGCCUAAUGUCCAGCUAUGCUGGAAAAAAAAGACUUUUUUUUUAAUUAUCUAAUUUAUUUUUUGGGAAAAUGUUUUUUGAUAAUUCACUUUUAAAAAGACCACACAGGAUAUAUUUUAGAA